AUGUCAAUCUAUACAUUGAAUGAUUCUAUUAUGCGAAAGACUGCCAAACCUCUCCCUCCGAUAAUCUUCCGGCUUGUUGGACUAUUUGCACUAGUUGCUGUGAUUCUGAGCAUCGUUGGAGUAACCGGGAACUCCGAUAUUACCCAUGGCCUUGUCAACAUAAAAACAAAACUCGGACUCAUCUUCUACCUUGUCGCCUGGGUUGGUGUAUGCGGACUCUUCCUCCUGGUUUUGAAACGAAGUCAAAGUAUCGAAGAUGGAGAACAUCGCAUCCUCCUAGCCGUGGGAGUAUCUCUCCCCUUAAUCCUCGUGCGAUUAAUCUACUCUUUCAUCUAUACCUUUGGCCGGAAUGCCAAAUUCAAUAUGGUGUCCGGGAAUGUCACAAUUCAGCUUGUGAUGUCCGUCAUCGAAGAGUUUGUGGUUGUUCUUGUGUGCUUGGGUAUUGGCCUUACACUCCAAGUACGGCCACCUGCGGAUUACACCCCGCAGCCUAGUGUCUACAGCCAGCAAGAAGAUUCGGUGGAGCUUGAGAGCGGCCGUUUGAUGGGACAGACGCGUGAGAAAAGACCAAAGCGUCAGGGUGGUCCUAUUGUGAGACUCGUAAUGUUUAUUGUGGACGAGAUCAACAGGAAGAAAUGA